GAUCCCAUCCGAGUUGUUGUGACUGGUGCAGCCGGCCAAAUCGCCUACUCACUGCUGUACGGCAUCGCGAAGGGCGACGUCUUUGGGAAGGAGCAGCCUAUCAUCCUGGUGUUGUUGGACAUCCCACCCAUGCUGCCAGUGCUGGAUGGUGUGGUCAUGGAGCUUCAGGACUGCGCCCUUCCGCUGCUGAGGGAGGUGAUCCCCACUGAUAACGUGGAGGUUGGCUUCAAGGACAUCGAUGCAGCCAUCCUAGUGGGCUCCAUGCCCAGGAAGGAGGGCAUGGAGAGGAAGGACCUCCUCAAGGCCAACGUGGCCAUUUUCAAGACGCAGGGUGCCGCCCUGGACAAGUUUGCCAAGAAGACAGUCAAGGUGCUUGUAGUGGGCAACCCGGCCAACACCAACUGCCUCAUCGCCUCUAAGUCGGCACCAUCCAUCCCCAAGGAGAACUUCUCCUGCCUGACCCGGCUGGAUCACAACCGCGCAGCUUCGCAGGUGGCACUGCGCUGCGGCGUGGCCUCGGAUAAAGUGAAGAAUGUCAUCAUCUGGGGAAACCACUCUUCCACGCAGUACCCGGACGUCCACCACGCCAAGGUCAAUGUCCACGGUGCCGAGGCGGCAGUGUAUGACUGCGUCAAGGAUGACGCCUGGCUCAGGGGAGCCUUUAUCUCGACUGUGCAGCAGCGCGGCGCCGCUGUAAUUAAGGCCAGGAAACUCUCCAGUGCCAUGUCAGCCGCCAAAGCCAUCUGCGACCACAUGAGGGACAUUUGGUUCGGCACCAAAGAGGGUGAGUUUGUAUCCAUGGGCGUGUACGCCGGAGGAAACUCAUACGGAAUCCCAGAAGACCUCAUCUACUCUUUCCCAGUCCAGAUCAAAAACAAGACCUGGAAGGUGGUGGAUGGCCUCAACAUCAACGACUUCUCUCGGGCCAAGAUGGACGCCACCGCGGCCGAGCUAGUGGAGGAGCGGGACACCGCCCUGGACUUCCUUUCUUAG